UUUCACUUUAAAUGCGUGAACCCAACCUCAUUUCUGGUUUCGCUCAAGCAAGCUAGUGAUGACUUGAGCUGAUCUGUGAACCUUCUCUCUCUCUCUCUCUCUCUCUCUCGCGCAGAGCUGCACGGAACGAGGGUUUUCAGGGAGGAGAGCUCUAAUUGCUCAACUUAACCUGAAAGGAUGGCAACUGACAAACGAUCUAGUCGCAAUAAGGAUGAUAAUGAGAGUAAUAGUCCAAGAAAGAAGACCAUUAUUGAUAAAGAUUCAUCUACAUCAGGCUCUACAACGCCAGAUACCACUGGUUUAAGAAGGUCAACUAGGGAGACACCAUCGCGGAAACAGAUAAGCUCAAGCCCUUCAACUGCAAGGAAGUCUGAGUGGAUUGAGAAUAGGACGCCAAUGACAACUCCAGUUAAGAGGAAAUCUGAGAUGGUUGAGAAAGAGACACCUAGUCCUUUGAGAAGGUCUGACAGGGGUAAGAAACACCUGUCAUCGAGCUCUUCUGGUUCAAAGAAGUCUGAAGGGGGGUCUGGUUCAUCGGAUGUUAAAUUGAAAAAGUUAAAAACAGAGAAGAGUGUGAUACAGUUGACAUUGGAAGCUAGGGAAAUAAGUAGAAGAGAAAAACAAGAUCCAAAAUCUGUUGGUGUGAAAAAAAAGAGAAUGGAUGCUCGUACUUAUAAGUCUUUGUUUAAGCAACAACGAAGAAGGGAGACUGUGCCAGAUACUGAUGAGGAGCUGGAAAGGCCAGAUAAAUUGUCUCAAGUUGACAGUAGCUGUUGUGGAGGUAGUGUUUCUAAACAAGUGGAAGAUGAAGAGGAUGGGAGUGAUAAGUUUUUGGAGAGGAUGGGAGAAGAAUGCACUGAGGGAGCUCGUGAAGGUUGUGCGGAGAGAUCGAAUUGUAGGUUAAGAAAUUUUGAUGCAGAAGCCUUAGGAAAUCAUGGUGAAGUGGGAGUUUCAUGCUCAAGUCAGAAGCAUAGUUCUAGGGAAGAAACUUAUGAGACUUCCGAAGGAAAUGAUUUAAAUGCCUCAAUGACUGAUCAAAGAGUCGAUGAAACUCUUGAUGGUUCUGAAAGUGUGCAAGUGGAUUGCUCUGCAGUGGUGAAGUUGCAAACUCCGGAGUUAGUAGGUUCUUCUUGUAUGGGAAGAUUACGUGAUGAUGAUAUUGAUGAGGAAACUGGCGACAAAGUGUCAUCUAAAAGAAAGAGGUAUACAGUGGAGAUGGAUUCUAAAGCUUCCGCAAAAUUUGAAAGUGAACGUAUAUGCACCACUAAUGUGGAUGCUGUUUCUCCACCAUCAUCUGGGUGCAAAAGGGAUAAUUGUUUUGGAGCUUGUCUUACAUGUUCCAAAUGGAAAAGAGUGGAGCCUGAAGUCAAAGUUCAAGGAUUGGUUGACAAAAACAACGGCAUUGCACUACGGAAGGAGUCUGCUUUAGAUGUUACAUGUUUCAUCUGCAAGCUUGGUGAAAAGCUCCUGGCACAAGACAUGCACCCUACUCAACAUUGCAGUACUUCAAGCUCUAAUAUAAUGUGCUGUGAUGGAAAGGGUUGCAAGAGAAGUUAUCAUCUCACAUGUUUAGAUCCACCUUUGGAUGAUGUCCCACUGAGAGAUUGGCACUGUUUCUCGUGUGUGAAGAAGAAGAUAGAAUUAGGUGUCCAUUCUGUGUCUGAAGGAGUAGAGUCAAUUUGGGAUGCUAGAGAAAUAGAGGUGCAAGACACUGAAGGAUCACGAAAACAGAAGCAGUAUUUUGUUAAAUAUAAAGGUCUUGCUCAUGUUCACAACCAUUGGGUACCAGAACCUCAAUUGCUUCUUGAAGCACCAUUGCUUGUUUCAAAGUUUAACCAAAAUAAUCAGGCUAUGAAGUGGAUGGAACAGUGGAGCGUGCCACAUCGUUUGCUAAAGAAAAGGUUGUUAAGGUCUCCCAAACAGCAAGAUGACUAUAACAAUGGGCAUACUGUUGAUAUUUCUGAUUGUGACUCUGAAUGGCUUGUUAAAUGGUGUGGCCUUGAUUAUGAGUGUGCUACGUGGGAGUUGGAGAAUGCUUCUUUUCUGCAUUCACCUGAAGCUCAGAUCCUAAUAAAAGAGUAUGAAAAUCGUCUUCAGAGGGCAAAGAGAGUUGUUUCUUUCUCUCUAGUAGAUAAGAAUUCGAAGGGCUCCUUUGUCAAACUUUCGAAGCUGCCAGUUGAAGUCUUACCUGAAAUUGAUUAUAAUCAACUAAGCCCUGUUAACAAGCUGCGUGAUUAUUGGCACAAAGGCCGGAAUGCUAUUGUUAUUAAUCGCCAGGAGCGAGUAACGGAGGUGGUUUUGUUUAUCUUGUCUUUGCUGUCCGAUGUUAGUCAGCCUUUCCUCAUCAUUUCAAAUUCCAGUGUUCUUUCCUUAUGGGAAGCUGAGUUCUCGCGAUUGGCACCAUCUACUGAUGUUGUAGUUUACGGUGGAAGCAAAGAUAGUAGAAGAAUUAUCAGGACAUUGGAGUUUUCUGAGGAUGGGGGUUGCACAAUGUUCCAAGUACUUUUAUGCCCUAUAAAUGCCCUUGUUGAGGAUCUUGAAAUGUUAGAGUGCCUUAGAUGGGAAGCAAUCAUAGUUGAUGAAUCCCAGCACAUUGGGAUAUCUAAACAUUUUGAACAAAUUAAAAUGCUAACUACUGAAGUUAGGGUUCUCCUUUUCAAUGGCCAAUUUAAGGAUAGCAUUGCUGAGCACUUUAAUCUGCUGUCAUUGCUUGAUUCUCCCAGUGAUGGCCCGAAGACUGACUUAAAUGAUAAUCUUGGUAAAUUAAGGGAGAGGUUGUCAAGCUUUAUUGCAUACGACUGCAAGUCAGACUCUUCUAGAUUUCUAGAGUAUUGGGUUCCUGUUCUGAUAUCAAAUGUGCAACUUGAGCAGUAUUGCGCUACUCUACUUUCAAAUUCUAUGUCUCUGCGCUCUUGUUUGAGGAAUGAUCCUUUUGGUGUUCUUCAUGAUAUUCUUAUUUCUACACGGAAGUGCUGUGAUCACCCGUACAUUGUGGAUCCAUCUUUAAAAGGCUUCUUAAACAAAGGUCUCCCAGUGGUAGAGUAUUUGGAUGUGGAUAUAAAAGCAAGUGGCAAGUUACAACUUCUUGACAAAAUACUCUCAGAGAUUAAAAAUCGAGGACUAAGAGUAGUAAUUCUUUUUCAGCCAAUUUUUUCUGGAAGGAAUUCAAUUGGGGAGAUAUUGGAUGACUUUCUAAGUCAGAGAUUUGGUCGAGAUUCCUAUGAACAUGUUGAGGUGGGUACUCUCCCGCCAAAGAAACAGGCUGCUCUGAACAGGUUCAAUGACAAGAGUAGUGGGAGAUUUGUGUUUUUAUUAGAAAACCGUGCUUGUCAGAAUAGCAUCAAAUUGUCGUCUGUGGAUACGAUAGUCAUAUUUGAUAGUGAUUGGAACCCAGCAAAUGAUUUAAAAGCGCUACACAGAUUAUCAAUUGAUUCGUCUUUUGAACAGAUUAAAAUAUUCCGUUUAUAUUCAUCUGGUACUGUGGAAGAAAAAGUUUUAGUCCUUGCUACACAUGGUACAACUCUUGAUAGCAAUUUACGGAGGAUAAGUUGCAGUAUGAUGCACAUGCUGCUAAUGUGGGGGGCCUCAUGUUUAUUCAAUAAAUUGGACGAGUUUCAUGAUGGUACUAUCUCAACCACUGGUGCAAAUAUUUCUUCUGAGCCAUCACUUCUCAGAGAUGUAGCCAAGGAGUUCAUGGCUCUACUUUGUCACGAUGGUGAAAAUACAUAUACAAAUAACUCUUUCAUUAUAAAAGUUCAACACUCUGGGGGAAUUUACAGUAAGGAUGUUUCAUUGCUUGGUGAGCUAACAAUUCAGUUGACAGAUGGAGAUGAACCCCAGGUUUUUUGGACAAAGCUGUUGGAUGGAAGGAAUCCUCAGUGGAUACAUUCAUCUGGCCCAGCACAGAGGAACAGGAAAAGAGUCCAGUAUUAUAAGGACAUACCAGAGAAACCAGUAGUUGAAGCUGAUGAAGUUGGAAAGAAACGCAAGAUGGUGGUGAACAAUAAUGCUGAUCCAGCUUCUCUGAGUCCCAGACUCAAGGAAAGUGAACUUCCAGGAGACGGGGGAGGAGGAUCUGGAGUUCCAACUGGUAGUGCUUCUCAACUUCUGCCUAGGUUAACUGCUUGUGUAACUGGUGCACUAAAUACAAACCAUGCUUCCACCUCACCCUUUCCCUCUAAUGGUAUCUCAUCGUUACCUGAAGUUGAAAUGGUUGAGCCUGAGGAGGGAGUACGAUUGCGUGAUGUGCAGAAAAGUCUUCAUGUUCUUCUGAAACCUGAGAUUUCAAAACUCUGUGAAAUUCUACAACUUUCAGAAGAUAUCAAGGUUAUGGUUGGAAAGUUUCUUAAAUACGUUAUUGAUAAUCAUCACGUCAAUAGGGAGCCGGCAACUAUAUUACAGGCUUUCGAGAUAUCUCUGUGUUGGAUUGCUGCUUCAUUGCUGAAAAACAAAAUUGACAAGAAGGAAUCACUUUUAUUAGCGAAGCAACAUUUGAAUUUUGGAUGCACUGAGGAUGAGGCAAACAAUGUGUAUUCAAAAUUGCGGCUGCUGAAGAAAAUGUUCUUACUCCGUGUAGAGAAUUUUGAGGACUCUGAGUCAUCAAAAGAUUCUCUAUCAGCUGAGGACAUUAUGAAAGAGCUACUAGAUGCAAGAAUAUCUCAAUCGGCAGUAUUCAGUCGGCAAAAUGUAAAAGUUGAGAAUGAAGAGAGAUUAAAGAACCAAGAAUUUGCCGAGGUUCGGCUCCUUUCGGAACAGGUACAGGCACCGAAACAUAAGAUAGAGGGGAAAGAAAUAUCAAAAAGAAUCAAGCUUAUUCAGAAAAAGUGUGAAAAGCAGAUGACAAAGCUCAUUAGAAAGCAACAGGUGCAAAUUCAGGAGUUCUACAAACUUUGGGAGUUAGGGAGAGUUGAAAUAGAGAAACAGCACAAUUGGGAGACAACUCUUGUUUACUCCAUACACAGUGAUAUUCCAGUGAGGCUGGAAAAGCUCAAGAUAUUAGAUGAUGAAUUUGCGAAGAAAAGGGAAGAACACAAGCGCCAAAAGGAGACACGCCUUAAAGAUCUUGAGGCAAAGCAGUUGGCUGAAAGGAAUGUGGAGAGGAAAAAUGCAGCUCGUUGGCUGGAAAUAGUUAAGUCCCAGGCACAAGCUGAACUAUCAGGUGAGCUGCCUUUGAAUGGAUUUGAAUUUGGAGGUACCAUUGAACAUAGAGUUCAUAAUGACCGUAGGAACAAUGCCUCUAUCUCUGGUUGCCUUGUAGAUGAACAAAGUCCUAACGGAAUGCAAGCUAGUGAGGUGACACCAUCUGAUAUCCCUACUACUGCUGCCAGUGAAACAGUAGGAUGUGGUGUCACCAUUGAAACUCCAACCCUUCCAUUGCAUCCAAAUCAUGAAACUGAUGCAGUGGAUUCUAUGGCCGAAGCAUCAAUUACUGGAUUUGAGAAGCUCUCCAACUUGACCAGUUCUGCUGAUACUCCUGAGAACAAUGUCUUCGCGAACCCACCUUCUAAGGUUCGGAUUAUUGAUGGAGCUCCAUCAAGUGCACAAGAAGUGCCUGAAAGUGCUAUGAAUGAAUUGGUGGGCGCUGCUGACUCUGUCGAAUUUGUAAAUCUUGAUGUAGAGUCCGAUAGAGAUGGCUUAGACACGUCAGUCCUGGAUGCUAGCACAAACCAAAAUGAGGCAGCUGGUAGCUCCAUCAAUGGUGACUCACUUUCCGUGGAGCAGUCUGUGUUAAGAGCUCCUUUGGUGCAGCCAGUUAUUACUCCAGCUCAAGCUGGCAUGUCUCCACAAAAUUUGGAUAAAUUUGCUCAGUUAUCAACGUCUACUGGACUACAUGAUAUAGAUGCACGAGUUAGUGGAUAUCAAAAUGUUCCCACUGGUGCCGGACCGGCUGAUCAAACUAAUCAUGAAUCAGUGGUGAUUGAGCAUCUCGAGCUACUACAGCUGUCACCAUCUGCUGAUUUAUGUGUUGAUGAGAAUCAACUUAAUAUAGGUUCAGCUUCUGGAGUUGAACAACCUCGUAGUGAAGGGCACAUCACUUCUUUUAAUAUGGAGGCUUCUCAAAUUGCUGAGGCUUCAUCACAACUGGUUGAGGAUACUGUGGGGCUUCAAAGUCAAGUUGUUCCUGGCACACAUUUGGGCAUGCCUUCUCCAAUUGAUGCUCUUGGUGGAUUUGAAACACAUCUUCCAUUUGGUCCACACCAAAUGGCCUCUCGGAUGCCAGCUCAUCCUUCAUAUCCUGAUCCACUUCAAAACGAAUUGGAAAGGUUACGUAAAGAAGCAGAUCAAGCAAUGAAGGUCUAUGAAGAUACGAAGCAGCAGCUGAAAUCCGAUUGUGAGAAGGAGAUAGAGGAAAUUAUUGCUGAAAUUUGUCGGAAGCAUGAAGCUAUACUUCAUGCUGCUGAAGCAGCAUUUUUAUUGAAAAAAAAGGAGCUUGAUACAAAUCACCAGAAAGUUCUCAUGAAUAAAAUGUUGGCUGAGGCUUACCGGUUGAAGUGCCCAGACAUCAGGUCUUAUGGGGCCAUGGGAAUGCAGCAAGUUGCGAAUUCAAAUUUCAUGCACUCUCUGCUAUCAUCACAGCCUGCAGCAGGGCCUUCCCUUCUUGCUGGUUCGUCUUCUGUUGUCCCAGCUGCCGCCAGCCAGCAGACACCACUGCCACCGAUGCAGGUUAUGCAGCCCCCAUCACCGCCUGUGCAGGUUAUGCAGCACCCAUCACCGCCCUUGCAGGUUGUGCACCACCCAUCACCGCCGGCACAGGUAGUGCACCACCCAUCACCGCCUGUGCAGGUUGUGCACCACCCAUCAGUCCUUUUCUCAAGCAUGCCAACCGGGCCCCCUCCAACUGUAAAUCUCCAAGUUGUUAGUGAAAUACGUGCCCCAGCUCCCCACCUUCAACCUUUUAGACCUUCCUCAUCCAUGUCUCCAAUCUCCUCUCUUCCACAUGGGUUGCCAAGUCAACACAUACCAAGAAAUCAUCGUACAACUUCUCUUGCGGUUCCCCUAGCACCACCCAGACCACCUACCCCACCACCACCACAGCCGCCUACACAUCGCUAUGGUGAUUAUGAGAGGAACUUGCGGCCUGAAUUCACAGGAGGGUUACUGGGUCUUCAGAACUCAUCUCUAUCUGCGAUGGGUUUGCUUGCUGCUUUUGAUAAUCAACGUGGUGCAUGUCCACCAAACUUCUUGCCGCCUCUACCUGAUUUUUCUUCAACUUUUGGUGCACUGGACGGAGCAUUAGGUAGUGAAGGAGAUAGUGGAAGGAUUAACUUGGCCCCUUCAGGUGUAGAAGCAACUGACAUUGUUUGUUUAUCUGAUGAUGACUAACUUGUUAUGAAUGUUGUAAUCUUUUGCAUAUAGUUGGGGGUCUUAUAAGCACCGGUUGUGGAGAGUUUCUUUGAAUGGCUGACUGGGAAGAGGGCAAGAAAAAGUCCCAUCCCUUUACUCUGAAAUUUGGUGUUGUAUAUGGUUUGUUUUCAUAUAUGAUGCAGCAAUCCAUUUUAUUUAAAUGUCUUUUUUAUUAGAAGUAACGCUUUUGCCUCA